UCUUCUUCUUGUUCUUCUUCUUCUUCUUCUUUCACCCUCUCUCACACACACACACACCACACACACACAUACACCAGCCUCCUGGCUCUGCACUGAGGACUCUCCGGCGUGUGUGUGAGAGAGACAAAACUUUUUUGUGCUGGAUCUUUAAAGCCCCCUCUCAUCCCCUCAGUUAGAGAAAAACAUGACAGAUGCGGCAACCAACAUGCGACUGAAGCUGCCGAUCGUCUGCUUCAUCCUGCAGAUCAUCCUCAUCAUCCUCUUCGGUGUUCUGGUGCAGUAUGACCACGACACAGACGCCAAGGAAUGGCACAACAUGAACCAAUCUGAUUAUGACAACGACUUCUACUACCGUUACCCAAGUUUCCAGGAUGUGCAUGUGAUGAUCUUCAUCGGUUUCGGCUUCCUCAUGACCUUCUUGCAGCGCUACGGCUUCAGCAGCGUGGGCUUCAACUUCCUGAUCGCAGCCUUCUCCCUGCAAUGGGCCACGCUCAUGCAGGGCUUCUUCCACGGUAUGCAUGGAGGCAAGAUCCACAUCGGAGUGGAGAGCAUGAUCAAUGCUGAUUUCUGCACGGGCGCUGUGCUCAUCUCAUUUGGAGCCGUUUUGGGUAAAACCAGCCCUGUCCAGCUGCUGAUCAUGGCGAUUUUCGAGGUCACGCUGUUUGCUGUCAAUGAGUUCGUCCUGCUGUCCGCUCUUGGGGCUAAAGAUGCAGGCGGCUCCAUGACCAUCCACACGUUUGGAGCCUACUUCGGCCUUAUGGUGACCCGGGUCCUGUACCGGCCCAACCUGAAUAAGAGCAAGCACAGGAACAGCUCCGUCUACCAUUCUGACCUGUUUGCUAUGAUCGGUACCAUCUACCUGUGGAUGUUCUGGCCCAGCUUCAACUCUGCCGUCACAGCUCACGGAGACGACCAGCACCGCACGGCCAUGAACACCUACUACUCCCUGGCAGCCUGCACUCUGGCCACAUACGGCAUGUCCGCCCUGACGGCGCACGACGGCAAGCUGGACAUGGUCCACAUCCAGAACGCCGCCCUGGCCGGUGGAGUCGCAGCAGGAACAGCUGGUGAAAUGAUGCUGACGCCGUACGGCUCCAUGAUCGUCGGUUUCUUGGCCGGCAUCAUCUCUGUUCUGGGCUUCAAGUACCUCUCACCCAUCCUGGAGGACAAGCUGAAGAUCCAAGACACCUGCGGGGUUCACAACCUGCACGGCAUGCCCGGCGUCCUGGGCGCCAUCGUGGGAGCGGUCACUGCCGCUGUGGCAUCCACAGACGUUUACGGAAAAGGGAUGGGAGAUGUGUUCCCCGACGUGGCAAGCGGAAAAAUUGAAGCGUCUUACCAGGGCGUCCGUCAGGCCAUCUCCCUCGCUGUCACCCUCGGCAUCGCCCUGGGGGGGGGGCUCUUUGUCGGUUUCAUCUUGAAGCUCCCCGUCUUCGGCGCUCCGUCCGACACCAUCUGCUACGAGGACAGCAUCUACUGGGAGGUGCCGGGAGACGAGGAGGGUCACGAGGAACAGUUGACCGCAGUGAACACCGCGGAGACUGAGAAGCUCAACAGUUAGACACACACACACAUGUACACACACACACACACACACACACACACACACUGAGGUUUUUACAUCCCAGCACUUGAAUUCUGUUGUAAAAAAAAAAAAACCCUCCAACAUCCUUAUUUUAUAACAAUACAUGUCCCCGCACAACGUGCAGGUCAUUGGCAGCUGUGGCCGCUAGAGGGCGACCUCGGGUCGUGUCACUCUGAGCUGCAGGCCUGUGAGAGAAAGAGUGCAUUUGGGAAAUGAUGUGUCUUAUUUGAUGAAAGAUGCCGUCUAAUUGUUUCUCCUGAAUCUAUUAGACAGAAUCUAACGUCAGCAGCCGGUAAAAAACCAAAGACAAACAGACUCCUUCAGAGCCACGAGCCUCCAUUCAACUCUCUUAAUAUGAACAAAAACCUUUUCAAAUAGUUUUUUACUGGAAACCAAUUAUGUUUUCUUCUUCAUUUUAAAUACGGGAUUUUCAUGCAAAACAAUGCAGAUGUUUUUUUAAAUGUGUUUAUCUCCUAAUACUUUAGGGUUGGGACUUCAUUUGUUUUAUUAUACUGUGUGAUUAGGUGGAGAUAUUACGGUUGCUUCAGUCGUGUACCUUUUUAUUCAUUGUAUGUUGGAGCAGAAAGUCAACAGAUGUUUAAAUUUAUUUUUGGCUUAACUGAUUAGCUGAAAGCUGCAUUCACAGUUUGAAACAAUUUCAUGGGAAUUGGAAUAAUAUUGGAACAUGUUUUUUGACAAAAUAUAUUGUUGUGCGUUUUGUGUUUUGUCUCAUUUGUGUCAUACGACAAGAGGUCGAUAAAUAAAGAGGAGAAGUCAGUGAUCGUCAUGAAUCACAAUAUUGACAGAAAGAAAGAAACAAAUAAGUGAUCGAUUCUUGUUGUUCUUUGUCCUCUGGAAGUCUGUCACUGUUCAGCGUUUUAUAAUGUGAGUCAUCUUCUAAGAUGUAGUAGAGAGGAGAGAGCGAUCAAGCCUGUGCUUGUGAUGAUGAAGGCCGGUCAUUAUUACUUUCUUAAUGACUGCGCAGCGAUCCCCUUGGAAGAGGUUAAAGCCUCCGAUCGCAGGUGGGGAUCUUCUCUCACCGCCUCAUUUAGACGGUUUCACCGUCAGGGAUCACACGGGCGAAGGUGUCCUUGUUAGAAUCUGGUCUCCUCAGGGCCCGGGUAUGACAGGUGAUUAAUGCCACUGAGGAGGAACAGGAGGAAGAAGUAUCAAUAACUAAAAUUUGAUUCAUUUUACCUGGAAAAAAAAACACUUCUCAUGAGUUCUUAAGAAGAUUCAGUCUGAGCGAGAUGAUGUUAAGAAACAUGGAACCAACAGGAACCUCGUCUCGUAAAGAGUAUCCUCCACAGUCACAUAAACAUGUCGUCUCACAAUCUCUUUCUUCAGCACAAAAAGUAAGAACCUAAAAUCACGUCUUUAUUGCUUUUAAAACCUGCAGCUUUUUGUCUUUUCUCAUCAUUAUUUCAGUCUGUUAAUAUCUUAACUCAAGCCAUCUAUUAGCAUACCUUAAUGAUGUCCGUCCUCUUCGCCUGCCUCUCUGUGGCAUUAAUCACUCCUCAUACAAAGGGCCCCUUGCAGGCUGCAGGGGCCUUGUCCGACCCCCCCCACACACACACACUCACACACACACACUCAUUUUGGUGAUGGUACCUCUGCGUGAACAGGCGCCGCAGCCUUUUCCCAGGAAGGAGCAGACAGGUGGACAGCUGUUUACUGAAUAGGCGCUCUUACUGAAGAGCUUAAUUGAGCUUCAUAGGGCUAAUUAAAAUGCAGAGAAAAAUAUCCAUGAUUAUGGUAAUUAUUCUAUUGUCUAAUACAUCUUCCGGAGAUGAGCUUGUUUGGCAUCAUACCUGCAAUAUGUUGGAGGCCCUGGAAAUAUAGAAAUAGAGAUUUGUGUCUGUGUGUGUGUGUGUGUCUAUAAUUAUACAGAUGAAAUGUUAAUUGUUUUAAUUUCUGUUGCUUAAGAUCUAUUCUGUAGUGAGCUGGUAUAAUGACUUGCAUAAUAAUGUCUAAUUAAAGGCUGCAGAACAAAUCGU